AUGUCGAGCGCGCGCGCGUUCCCUUCGCGACUCUUCUUUUGCCCGGAGCGCGACGUCGCCGACGCGUGUCGCGCGCGAGGGGUGACGCACGUCGUCGCCAUCGGAUGGCCCGCCCCGGAGGAUGCGAGCGAGGGCUCGGUGGCGAUCGAACGCGUGCUCAGGAUCGAUCUCGCGGACGAUGAGCUCACGGAUGUGUUGGAGGCGGCGACGACGGCGACGACGUUCGCGCGCGUCGCGCUCGAGGCGAGCGAGGAACACGUCGUCGUCGUGCACUGUCACGCCGGUGUGUCGAGGUCGGCGGCGAUCGUGGCGGCGUAUAUGAUGCGGUGGGAAUCGGUGUCGUGGGCGGAGGCGUUGAGGGCGGUGGAGGGGCACGGUGGGGACCCGAAUGAGGGAUUUCGGGCGCAAUUGGAGAUGUGGGACGCCAUGGGGACGCGGGCGGCGACGGCGCGCGACGCGUACGCGUUGUGGAGCGUGGCGAAGAUUGCGCGCGAUCGCGAUGCGCGUGGAUACUUGGAAUCGACGAGCGUGCGGCGGGACCCCGGGGCGGGGGACGCGGUGGAGGACGACGCGGGCGGAGGAUGGGCGGGGUGUCGAAAGUGUCGACGACGGCUCGCGCGGGCGUCGGACGCGCUCCCGCACGCGCACGGCGAGGGCAUAGACGCGUUCGCGUGGAAAAGGAAGAGGAAGGAGGAUGGUGGAGGGACGACGCGCGAGCGGACGCCGUCGUGUUCGUCGGUAUUCGUCAUGCCUCUGAGUUGGAUGCGAGGGAUCGAGGAUGGCGACGGCGGACCGACGCGCGGAAAGUUGACGUGUCCGAGGUGCGAGGUGAAGGUUGGCGCGUUCGAUUGGGCGGGAAUUCAGUGCUCGUGCGGCGCGUGGGUCACUCCGGCUUUUCAGUUGCAGCGCGCCAAGAUUGACGCCUUUGGGGUGUGA